UCCGAGAGUCGUAUCUCUAAUUCUUCGAUACCUCUGCGAAAACUUUUUGGUCUUCUUCUUCUCCUCCGAAUUCUGAUACAGAAACGAACCUAAUGCCGCCUCGCCGGCGUUACCCCUUCAGUGGUCCCGGAGAUAUAAUUGCACGACUUAUUGAAUUUGAGGAUGAAUAUGAAGGCUUUGUAGAAGAAGAUUUUGGGUAUGUCCGCCAUGGAGAAGAAGAAGACGAAGAAGAAGAAGAGGAAGAAGACGAAGAAGAUUCCGAACGCCAAACCAGGGAAUAUAUCGAUGUUGUAGAGUCACCUAUUAGGGUUUCACAGAACGAGAGUGGAGAGAACGAGAAUCAGAUAAGGUCACAAGGUGUUUGCUCAUCGUCUUCAGGAUCGCAGGAGCAUGUCGAAUGGAAACACGGCGACACUGAGGGAUUGUCUUGUUCGAUCUGUAUGGAAGUUUGGACCAGCGGUGGCCAACACCAAGUCUGUUGUCUUCCCUGUGGACACUUGUAUGGAUUUUCCUGCAUCAACAAGUGGUUUCAGCAGCGACGAAGUGGGGGCAAGUGUCCCCUGUGCAACAAAACAUGUAGCUUGAGAGAUGUCCGGAAAAUCUAUGCAUCACGGGUUGCUGCAGUAGAUGAUGAAGCACACAAGAGAAUCGUAUUUUUGGAGGCCAAGUUAAGUUCAAUUGAACAGAAGACUGCGAGUUGGAGUAACAAAGAAGCUCAAUGGAAAAAAAUUGAAGCAGAGCUACGAUUAGAAGUUAAUAAGCUGAAGAAGAAAAUAGCUAAUAUGGAAAGUACGACUAAGGGUGCGCAGAGCCAGUCUAAUGCGGCUUCUCAGGAGAAAUAUAUAUCUGGUCAUAAUAUCUACCAAGAGCAUCAUGGACAGUCACCUUAUUGCAGCUUUAGACAUCAGGGAGAACUGCUAAUUAACGGUGGCCGUAUAUUUGACAUAGAUGGUGGUAGACAAAUAUUAUUAUUGGCCCGUAGGCUCCCAGGCGUUGGUGGAACGUUUGUGCUUACGCAAAUGAGCCUACAUUCGUCGGGUGAGAUUGAUGAUAUUUUGUUGCCUCCUACCACUAGAGCAAUUAAAGAUCUUCACCUUUCCCCUCACAGUAACGGGCUUGCGGUAUUUGGUUCUCUAGGGAAAAAGUUAUCAGUUAUAAGCUUGGAGAGCCACAACACUGUCUUAUCUUAUGAUCUACCGGCUGCACCUUGGUCUUGCUCGUGGGAUCUCAACAGCUCUCACCAUAUUUAUGCUGGACUACAAAAUGGAAUGGUUUUGGUAUUUGACAUGCGUCAAACCACCGGACCUUUUGCAUCGAUGACGGGCGUAACAACCAAUCCAGUUCAUACUAUCCAUCAUCUCUCUGGCAAUUCCACUCCAACUUCUGAUGUUCGUACCCUCUUAUCUGCUUCUUCCAUCGGGCUGUGCCAGUGGAACAUUAGUGGCAGCGAGGGAAGCCCAUCAUUAGUUUCGGAAACGGGAAACCCAGGAAUUUGCAUAUCCUCCUCGUACUGUCCCCGCAGCGAUCAUAUAGUGGCUUCUUAUAGACCGAGAGUUGGAUCAUCUGAUGAUACAGUCCCGACUCAGCCCUCAUUGACUCAAACAGGAGCCAAUAAUAGUAAUAGUAAUGGUGUAGAGGGAUUUCAUGUUUGUCAUAAGAGAAGAGGUGUUGAUUCGUAUUACCAGAAACUUUCCUCCACACAAGCUAUUGUUGAUCCCAUCCGUUUGCCGAGAACAGCGAUUAUAGACUUUGGUGGAGAAAGGAAAGAACUUUUUGCAUCUUGUGACGAGUCCACUCGCAAUCUCAUCUUGCAAGAUCCUUCGACUUUUACCAUCACUCAACUGUUCCCAUUGUCAAGUCAUCUUCCGCUGCAAGAUCUGAAAUACGCUCACGUCAAUGGUUCGGGUCUGCUCGGUCUCUUAACAGAUGAUAGAUUGCAGCUUCUUAGGAAGGAAUCGCCAUUAAGAUGAAAAAAGAUUGAUAGACUUGCAGGGAUGGUGUUUGUUGAAGAGCAAACAUGUAUGUAAAAGCGGCUAACUUGUCUAUCUAUCUAUCUUUUGUAAUCUGGAGAUGCUAUUAGAGUAGCCAUUACUUAAUAAUAUUAUUAUCUUAGUUAUGAAUACCA